AAACAUCUCGACGUCUGGAGCGAUCAUAGCAUUUGAGACAAUACUUUUUCGGUUUUCAGGAAGUAUUCCGAGUCAGUCGCGUUUUUUACACAACGAAGUCUAUUGACUGAGCAGUGCGUCGUGUUCCCAGCAUCCGACACCACACGGAUGUAGGCUUGGUGGUUUCUGAAGCGAGCCUACCACUAGAAGCGUUCGAUAGAAAGUAUGCUGUCAGAGAAGUUUCCGUUGCUCAUCGAAGAUGCCCGUGCUAUUUACGGGCGUGAGUGUAAGCAUUCUUCCCUCGGGUCAGUGCGCUUGUAAACGUAUUCACUACCAAGAUGCUGAUUACAGAACGGCCAAUUCCAGACUGGCGGAAUCCAACAGGCACUAAAACGGGUUGUUUCUUUUUGCGAGGAGGUAAUUUACAGUGAUUUAGCUGCGUGAGAUGUUCCCCGAGGCAAACACUGGACCUCCCUUUUGCAGCAGAACUGAAGGCGAACGGACUAUCUGAUGACUUUCCGCUUCGGUCAGUACUGCAGUUCCUCGAUGCGUGAAUGACUGACAGUGGUAAACGUUUUGUGUGCUAUCGUUUACGGUCGCCUAAUGGAACAAAUGCUCUCUAACUCCUCCGAGCAUGCAUUCUUUCCACCUGUAGGAGGUUAGUUAUUUUUGCUUUCAACUUCAGCUGAGACCGAAGAUAAGAAACGGUUUUGAGGGUCGUUCCCUCUGCAAGGAUAUAGCUAAACAGAAACGUUUGCUGGUUUUUGUUCACUAUGCUUCGUUCUUGUCGGUGUGGUCAAUACUUUUUUUUUCUCCUCCAUAGAAAUGAACAGCGUGUGUGGCCUCUGAGUGACAUGUGGAUGCAUUUAAAAACGUUUGUGGUUUUUGCUAGAACGUAAGGACAACAACGAAGCACGCUAGUGCUGCCGAACGUACUUUGCGGGGACCCACAUCCGGCAGCGUGUUCGGCUUGGAAACAGCUGUUAGAGCGUUAGCAAGAAGGUUUCACGCAGGGAACGAACGAAGAAAAGCUCUGCUGCGUUGACUCAGCGUCUUUGACUUGAGUCGUUCCAGUGCUUCGCUUUUGAUUUCUUCUUUGAUUCUAGCCCUUCACGUUUUUCUUCAACAGCGUCCACCUCACUGUAGCGGACCGUUGACAGACGCUGUGGUCGGAGAAUGAGACAAAUUUUGCUGGUUUGGCGCGUUCGGCUACCACGACAGAUUCACGCUUGAACCGUCUGGUUCCCUCUCUCCUUCUUGACUGCAUCGACUGCCUAUAGUUAUUUCUGUAACGGCGGUGCUUGGAUGAUGAUAUGCUCGGGACAUUCAACUGUCCAAACUCGGCCAGGCACAAAGCGGUUUCUGUUCGUCCAUGGUGAAAUCACGAAGAAGACAUCGAUGCUUUGCCACCAGCAACAGGAAUGUGCCGUUUUUCCUUUCACUAUAAUUUCCCAUAGUUCUUCGUGUAUGUGCUCGCUGGAAUUCCUGCGCCAUAGCGACUGCUUUAAAGUGUUCCAUGGUGUACUACACCCUCUACCCGCUGCCGUAUCACAACGACACGUGCGGCAUUUGCGAAUGUUUUUGACAGCAUGCCAUAUAACACGUCGCUGAUCUCGAGGAAUUGGUUUCUACGAUCUUUCCGCUCUUCUUACCGGGUUCGUCGACUUUGGGUAUCUUUGCCAUACUGAAGCUCCGUCCUUGUCUACGCUUCCGUAGAACUGUUCCUUUGGGUCGCGAAAACGUGUGAAAAGCGACCCAUCCGUUUUAUGUAGUGCUCUGACGAAAUCUGAGACCCGAAACCUAAAUGUAGGCAGCAUGUCUCCAUCGUACUAUGUGUUCAGCAGCUCUGUCUUUCUGGAGCUUUUGUUUCUCAUAGAUCGCCUGCUCGUCAACUGGCUAGGUCCCGUUCUAUAUGCGUUCCUACUGUUCUACAAGUACUAUGCCUGUGAACUCGCUCUCCACCUACUUCCUGCCGACAUUGUCUUUUACAUAUCUUUCUUCUACGUGAACCGAACUAGGCUCGCCGCAGGGUCCGCAGGAAACAAGUCUGGCUCGGCAAGUCUCAUCUUCUGGUUCUGGACACUGUCGCCGUUCUCUCUCGCGGCCCACGUUUACAGCUUCGCAGGACUCCCCCUCGUUCUUACUGUGGAUAUCCUUUUUACCGCUUUGGCUCUGAGUGUCUUUCUUCUUCAGAUCAUUUGGUCCGUUGUUAUAUUCCUGCUUUCGAAUACCGACGUGGAAACCGAGUCACCAAUAGGCUCGUCGUACGACAUUGCGUACGCUGCUGCGCAGCACCACUAA